CGGGCGGCCGUGAGCGCCAGCGACGGAGCGGCCCCGGCCCCGGGCGCGCCGGGCAUCGUUUCGCGUGUUGGUCUGAGCCACGGCAAGCAAGGAAUAUGAACAGGAAAACAAGGCGCUGGAUCUUCCACAUCUUCCUGAGCCUGGGGAUUGUGUAUAUCAAGAUUGGGGGCUUCUCCUCUGUGGUGGCCCUGGGAGCCAGCAUCAUCUGCAACAAGAUCCCGGGGCUCGCCCCCCGGCAGCGGGCGAUCUGCCAGAGCAGGCCCGACGCGAUCAUUGUCAUCGGGGAAGGGUCCCAGAUGGGCAUCAACGAGUGCCAGUUCCAGUUCCGCAACGGGCGCUGGAACUGCUCGGCCCUGGGCGAGCGGACGGUCUUCGGCAAGGAGCUCAAAGUGGGGAGCAGGGAGGCCGCCUUCACCUACGCCAUCAUCGCGGCCGGCGUGGCGCACGCCAUCACGGCGGCCUGCACGCAGGGCAACCUCAGCGACUGCGGCUGCGACAAGGAGAAGCAGGGCCAGUAUCACAAGGAGGAGGGCUGGAAAUGGGGCGGCUGCUCCGCCGACAUCCGCUACGGCAUCGGCUUCGCCAAGGUCUUCGUGGACGCCCGGGAGAUCAAGCAGAACGCCAGGACGCUCAUGAACCUGCACAACAACGAGGCCGGGCGCAAGAUCCUGGAGGAAAACAUGAAGUUGGAGUGCAAGUGCCACGGGGUCUCGGGGUCCUGCACCACUAAAACCUGCUGGACAACGCUGCCCAAGUUCCGGGAGCUGGGCUACAUCCUCAAGGACAAGUACAACGAGGCCGUGCAGGUGGAGCCCGUCAGGGCCAGCCGCAACAAGCGCCCCACCUUCCUCAAGAUCAAGAAGCCGCUUUCGUACCGCAAGCCCAUGGACACGGACCUGGUGUACAUCGAGAAAUCGCCCAACUACUGCGAGGAGGACCCGGUGACAGGCAGCGUGGGCACGCAGGGCCGCAUGUGCAACAAGACGGCGCAGCAGUCCAACGGCUGCGACCUCAUGUGCUGCGGCCGCGGCUACAACACCCACCAGUACUCCCGCGUGUGGCAGUGCAACUGCAAGUUCCACUGGUGCUGCUACGUGAAAUGCAACACGUGCAGCGAGAGGACAGAGGUGUACACCUGUAAGUGAGCCUGCCCGGCCGCUCCUGGCCUGGAUACAUUUGCACAUGCACUGAUGGAACUGCGGGAAGAGCUGCUCUCCCCAGGAGAUGCUCACCCACGGAGCCCUCUCUUCUCUCCUCACCUUUCGUUGCUUAUGUGGAUACACAUUUCAGACUCUUAUAAAGUCAGCCGAGAAACAAAAACAAGCAAACCCCUCCCCAGGCCACCAGAGACACGAAAGAGAGAGGAAAGGAUCACCUC